UUUAUAGCAAAUGUAUGUAAUACAUACAAUACUUUAUCUUUUUGAUAUCGCCGUUCUAAUAUCGAAAAGAUAAAAUAAUCCGAUCGGUCCAAAUUCAACCGGCAAUCUGUGGCCUCACACAUCUGAUUCGGACUUGUAUUCAGAAACAUGACUUUGUGAUUUAUUGUUUAUAUUGAUAUUGAUUAGUGCUAUCAAACAAAAUGACAGAAGAAGGGUCUACCGUUGCAAGCAAACGGAUUGGCUAUCGUCAUGUGCAAGUGUUCCUGCUGUUCCUUGGGAUGGCUCUGGCCUUCGGGAUGAGAGUGAAUAUUAGCAUCGCCAUCGUGGAUAUGACUGCCCCACCUAGUAUGGAUUGGGAGGGAUACACAUAUUUAGCCUGGCCGAUCUCCACACAAGGGGUGGUUCUGUCCUCCUUCAUUGUGGGCUAUGUGAUCUCCCAGGCCGCGGGUUACGUCCUAGCUUCGAGGUUUGGGGGAAAGCUUCUCAUGACAGUUGGAGUAGCCGUCAGUGCUGGCCUGUCCGCCUUCAUCCCUUUAGGUGCGUAUGAUGGCGGAUGGCUUUUGAUAUGCUUUUGUCGCGGCAUACAGGGCCUGGCGCAAGGGACCAUGAUACCAGCUGUUCAUCACCUCUUGGAAAACUGGAUUCCAGAAAAAAAUAGAAGACUUAUGGAAACUUUAAUAAUUGUAUGCGGUAUGCAGCUAGGAGCAGCAUUCCAGUUUUUAAAAUCAGGUUUCAUCAUAGUAUACUGGGGGUGGGAAACAACUUUCUUCAUCAACCUCAUCACCGGGGUGGUUUGGUGUGUCAUCUACGUAAUAUUUGGAUCAAGUUAUGCUGCAACUUCUAGAUACAUCAGCGAGGAGGAAAAACUUUAUAUUCAGGAUCAUUUGUCGCAAGAGACUGAACGCAAGAAUCUCAAAAUGCCCUGGCAAUCUCUGUGGACCUCGUUGCCAGUUUUUGCCCUGGUGUUGGCUUGCUGUGCCCAGCAUUGGGGCAUGUGGACAAUCAUGACUAUGAUGCCGAUAUAUUUGAGCCAGGCUUAUAAUGUUGAAAUUGAUUUGAUUGGUGUCAUCAUAGCUGCAUCUUACUUCGAAAUGUUUCUAAUGGUGUUUCCAUUCCAAUGCGCAUCAGACUGUAUUAUCAAGAGGAAACAUCUGAGUGCUACAGUUACUAGAAAGAUUUUUAACACUAUUGGUUUCAUUGGACCAGCAGUUUGUUUAAUAGCAAUGGUGUACAUAGCAACUGAUCUCAAAGUUACCGCCUCACUGCUCAUUUUAUUUAUGGCGCUCAAUGCCGGGCAGUAUUCUGGAUUCAUGUCUAGUCACGAGGAGAUGGCUCCAAAUUUUUCAAACAUUUUAAAAAGAACUACAGUCGGCUUUGCUGAUGUGGUGUCAAUAUUUGCGCCUCUCAUUGCUGGAGUGAUGUUGGAAGACCAUAGUGAUUUAUCCGAUUGGCGCUAUGUUUUCAACUUGAGCGCAGCUUUAUAUUUAACUGGAGGAGUUUUCUACAUCGCAUUUGGAACAAGUAUGAAGCAAAAAUGGAACGAGAAAGGUUCGUCCAUCGUUGAAGGAGGAGCAGAAGAAAACAAAUAAUUCUUCGAUAUAAAAUAGUCCCAACAAAAAGUUCGCCUGCAUCGUUUGUCGCAGUUCUCGCUCACUCUGUGUUAAUAAUAAUGUAUUUUACAAUACUAUUAAGAUUAAAUUUAGAUUAAGUCUUAACGAUAAUUGUUAAAUUGUGAUAACACGCGAAUUAUUCCCAAAUUCCUUCAGGCUUAAGGGUCACAGUAGAUUGCGAUCAGAUUUCCAAAUUAGCCUCCCGCAACCGCGGCGACCCUUCCCUGUCCCCGUGUCACGGUGCCCGCAAGACUGAAUAACCCCAUUAGUAGGUACUACCAUCUAGUAGUUUUGGAAAGAGAAGGAAUAAGACAUACUCGUAUAAUCAUUAAAUAGACUUUAAAGUCGAAGUCUUUAAAUAAACUUCGAACGCAGGUCGGUCGCUCAAACAUGGAGUGCAGGUGCGGUUUUGUUCCCCAGUCGAUGAAGCACAUGACGUCGGUCGUGCCCUGAGUGCCCGAGCAACUGCACUCAGAAGGAUUUAAUGAAUGCUGCUGAUAACGCCACUCUUGUGGCGGAGUUUUGGGCUGACACUGUGUAGGUUUGUUGUCGACGUAGUUGACGUUGUAUAAGAAGAAGAAAUUUUGUAUAGUCGGAAAAUAUAGGGCCACUUUGAUGGCUAAAGUGACAGGAUUUAGAUAUGCUUUCCCGGCAGGAAGUACCACUUCUUUAACGUUUAAUAAUGCACACAAGAAAUUUAUUAAAAGUUGAAUUGAAUUAAAUUAACUGUUGCUUUGGUAAUUUCACUAUAAAAAGUGUUUAAAAAAUAUAUUAUAUGCUUGACAACAGUUUUUUAUGUGAGAAGCAUUUGUAUCGUGAUGUUUGUAGUUUUAUAAAUCACUUAUUUAUCAAUAAUAAUCUUUGUUUGAGUGUAGUUUUGUAUUACGUUUGCUCAUUUCAGGAACGUGUAACGCCAUCUGUCGGCGCCAACAUACAUUAAAAGGCUGUACUUUUCCAUUCCCUCUGUGCCUACUUACAAAAGGUUGUGGUGGUGUCUCGUACUAUAGACUGGAAAAUGGUUUGACUGAAAGUGUAAAAGAUGGCGUUAGUAAAUCUGGAAUCUUUACAUGAGCAGUUUUAUAUUAAGUAAGCGAUUUUCUCUUCUCACUAUGAAAACACAUUAGUAAUUUUGUAAUUACAUCGUCUGCGAAAAAAAAACAAUUAAAUAAUUUAGAAAUAAAAAAACAUUUCAACAGAUGCUGCACUUUGGCAUCCACAAUGUUCCUAGUCUAGUCUAUAACGUUUUAAGACACGUUGUUAAAAC